AUGCCUUUCACCAAGCUCGUCAAAAACUCCCCCUACUACUCCCGCUACCAGACGAAGUACAAGCGCAGACAGGCCGGCAAGACCGAUUACUAUGCCCGCAAGCGAUUGAUUGCCCAAGCCAAGAACAAGUACAACGCUCCCAAGUACCGCCUUGUCGUCCGCUUCACCAACCGCGACAUCAUUACCCAGCUGGUGACCGCCGAGCUCACCGGCGACAAAGUCUUCGUUGCCGCCUACUCCCACGAGCUCAAGAGAUAUGGCAUCAACAACGGUCUGACCAACUGGUCCGCCGCGUACGCCACCGGUCUUCUCCUCGCUCGCCGCGCGCUCAAGAAGCUGGACCUGGACGAGCAGUUCAAGGGCGUCGAAGAGGCGACUGGCGAGUAUGCUCUUACCGAAGCUGCCGAGGGUGAGGACGGAGAGGAACGUCGUCCUUUUAAGGCAUUCCUUGAUGUCGGCUUGCAUCGUACCUCCACCGGUGCCCGGGUCUUCGGUGCGCUCAAAGGUGCCUCUGACGGCGGUCUCUACAUUCCCCACAACGAGAAGCGGUUCCCUGGCUAUGACCAGGAGUCAAAGGAGUUGGAUGCCGACACUCUGCGCAAGUACAUCUUCGGCGGCCACGUCGCUGAGUACAUGGAAACACUCGCCGACGACGAUGAGGAACGCUACAAGUCCCAGUUCACCAAGUACAUUGAAGCCGAUGUUGAGGCUGACGGACUGGAGGAGAUGUACACCGAGGCUCAUGCUGCCAUCCGUGAGGAUCCCUUCAAGAAGGAUGAUGACGAAGGAGACAAGAAGAGCAAGGACGAAUGGAAGGAGGAAGGCAAGAAGUACAAGGUGCAUAAGACUCCUAAGGAGGAGAAGGACCGCAAGAUCAAGGAGAAGAUCGCGGCUCUUGCUUCUUAG